GAAGAAGAUCUGUCUUACUUUGAGGACGACGAUGAAGAGAUCGAAGCAUAUGAAAGUGGUAGAAAUGUCAGGGAAGAUUCUGUGAACGAAGACUGGUCUGGUUUUCCAAAUGCUCAAGACUCUGAAGAGGAUUUUGAGCAGAAUCAAUCAACUGAGAAUGCCGAUGAAUAUUCACCCUCAAUCUCCGACAGAUGCGGUAUUCUUGUAUUUUGGUUGUUAUUGUUUCUAGUAUCCUGGCAGUCAGCUUUCUUUGUGACAGACUCAGCUGUUGAAAUGCUACUCAAAUUUCUUAGUCGUUUCUUGGGGCUUCUUGGAACUUUUGAUGAGAAUGGUAUAAUUUCUAGACUUUCAAAACGUUUGCCAAGUACGCUUUACAAGUUAAGGAAGAACCUUGGGCUACUAGGAAAUGAUGAAUUUAUUAAAUAUGUUGUGUGCCCAAAGUGCAAAAACCUGUAUGAUUACAAAGACUGCAUCCAGAACCGUUGUGGAAGGCAAGUUUCAGCUCGAUGUAAGUUUGUACCAUGGUCAAGACACCCACACAGGAAUCGCAGAGGUAAGAAACUACAUAGCAGUCAGUUCAUUUUAUGUGCAUGUGAUGUAUUCCUCCUCAAACUCAUUAAUUAUUCUGAGGUUAUUGGCCAAUGAGUGGAAAGUAUUUUGUCACAUGCAUAAAACUAGAUACUUGAUAAAUAUGUAUAUCUGUAUUUCGUCACAUGCAUGAAUCCAGAUAUUCAAUAAAAACACAUCCAGAUCAUCAGUGAUCUGGAUAUAAGUUUCUACUGAAUAUCUAAAUUUAUGUGUAUGUGUAAGGCAAAUAAGAAAAUUACACUACAUUAGGGAAAACUUUCCUUUAGCAGUUUACCUUGCUCUUCACCCCUUUUCGGGAUGUGAAAACGGUUAACUGCAUUACUUUCUGCCAUAAUUAAGCUCCAACUAACCAUAGAGCUAUAAACUAAAUGAGCAAAACUACCAUAAAUUUAGCACACACUUUGAAUCCCCCAAAGAAACCCGAAAGAGACAACAGAUGGAUAGUUGCUGAUAAAAUGUCCAAAAUUAUGCAACCAACGAAAAGAGCAUAACAAUAAUGUGACAAUUUAGGUGAUGAUUGAAAUAGGCAGUUUGUGAAGCAAGCUAAAAGGCUCUUGCUUCAGGUUUGGUUGUGGCAUCCAAACAUCUCAAAACAAAUUAAACCAGCAGCCUUGUGCUUUCAUUUCAUGUUUCUCAACAUUUGGAUGCCACAAUCAAACCCUUGCACUUGUUUUCUUAUAUACUACAUCAAAGAUAUUGGGGGAGCAAAACUGGUGAGUUGCUGCAUUCUUAAAAUGAAGAUUAUUUUGCUUAUUAGAAAAACUGUGGACUUUUCUCAUCAUCUUGGAGAGGGUUUUCUAGAAGUGAACAAGUUCAAUGAGUAUGCAAUGAGUACUCAGUAAGAAAGAAUUUUUUAUUUCUAUAUUAAAUUACAGGUUUUCCACAUGAGCUGGGUUUGUAUAACUUUUGAAGUUCUUUUCCUUAGGUCCUUGUGAUGAAAUACUACUAAAGACUGUUCAGAAUGGAACAAAAACAUUUCUUUAUCCAAGAAUGGUGUAUCCAUAUAACUCGAUUGUGAAGUCUUUGCAGCGUCUUCUGGCUAGACCUGGACUGUGGAACAAAUGUCAAGAAUGGAGAAAUCAGGUUUCCUCUGCAAAUGUUAAGACAGAUAUCUACCAAGGGAAUGUUUGGAGGAGCUGUCUUCAACUGGGUUUCUUUCAAACUCGAACAGCUUAGCUUUCAUGCUUAAUGUAGAUUGGUUCAGACCUCAUAAGCAUUCACCAGGAUCAGUUGGAGUUGUGUAUCUUGUUCUACUUAAUUUACCUCGUCAUGAAAGAUAUAGACUUGAGAACAUCAUAGUAACUGGAAUUCUGCCUGGACCUUCAGAGCCAAAGCUAACUGCCAACACUUUCCUUGAACCGCUUGUGAGAGAGUUACAAGCUUUUUGUGGGCUUGUAAGGAACGAUUCUCAGUUCAUGGUAGUUUUUUAAACGACCAAUAAAGGUUGGACUCAUUUGUGUCUCCUCAGACAUUCCAGCCACAAGAAAAAUAGGGGAUUUCUAAGUCACAUGUCAUCACAAGGGUGUUCUCGCUGUAAGAAAUCUUUUGGUUCUAGAGAUGGCCUCGAUUUUAGUGGUUUUGAUCGAGAAAACUGGAGCCCCAGAACAUCCUCUGAGCAUAAGUGUUCUGCAAAAAGAACAAUGGAUGAAACCAGCCCUACUGCACAACAAAAACUGUGUUCUCAGUUAGGUGCUAGGUAUUCAGUUCUGCAAGAACUAGACUAUUUUGACUGUAUUCGCUACUUUGUUGUGGACCCCAUGCACAAUCUUUAUCUGGGAACAGCCAAACACAUCAUGAAAAAUGUGUGGCUUAAUGAAAAAAAUGAUUUCAUAUCUGAUGAGGACUUUCAAAGGAUCCAAGAACUGGUCGAUGGGAUGACAGUGCCUCAAGAUAUUGGACGCAUACCUGGAAAGAUUGCCAACAGUUUUUCAGGAUUUACUGCUGAUCAAUGGAAGAACUGGACAGUAGUUUAUUCAUUGUUUGCUUUAAAAGGAGUUCUCCCUGAAAACCACCUUGAGUGUUGGCGUCAUUUUGUCCUUGCCUGUAAAACUCUUGGAAAGAAAAUUCUUACUGAUGAUGAUAUUGAGCAAGGGGACAGACAUUUAAUGGAAUUUUGUCACACAUUUGAAGAACUAUGUGGGAAGGAUCUGGUUACUCCAAAUAUGCAUCUACAUGGACACCUUAAAGAGUGCCUUCUAGAUUAUGGCCCCUUUCAUUCUUUCUGGUGCUUCAGUUUUGAAAGAUUUAAUGGUAUCCUGGGAUCUUUUCAUACGAACAAUCGCUCUAUUGAAAUUCAGUUGAUGCGAAAAUUUUUGUCACAAACCAAAGUUAAGGACUUUGAGUACCCAGAAAUGUUUCAGGAGACUUUCUUGGAGUUUUUUGAGGGCUCACACAGUUCAGGGUCUGUAAAGGACACACAAGAGCCAAUUAAACAGUUCCUCAGUCUUCGACAGCACAGGGAGAUAUCCAUCAAAGACUUGCAUUUGUGUGAUUGGACUGCAAGUGAUGAUAUAGUUGAAAUGUCAACAUUUAGAGAUGAAACAUUAGACACUGAUGAUUUAACUGCACUAGAGUCAGUAUAUAAAGAACUCUUAGGACUUGGUGAGGGUACCUUCCUUGAAAUGCCACACACCAUUGCAGAAUUUAAAUCGCUCAAAGUUGGAUCUGUAGUGUAUGGAUCAUCGCAAAGCCAGACCACAAGGAAUUCAUUUGUUCUAGCAAACUGGGCAGGUCAUGAAGGACGGUUAGCUUGUAGCAGUGGAUGUAAUGAUGUCAGACCAGGACAAGUUAUUUCAUUUUUUUUCGUCACCGUAUUAAGGUUAAAUUAGCAGAAUCAUAUUUGCCAGAGCAGCGAUACAUGUUUUACUUUGCAAGAGUAAAUUGGUACUCAGUUCAUCCAGAACGUUUUUCACAUGGAGUGCCAGUGGAAAUCUGGUGUAACUCAUUUGAUCUGUUUGGCCCAGCUUGUUUCAUGCCAGUUCAG